CCAGGAAAUGAAAGUGAAAGAAAUCGCUGGAGAACAGUAAGGUCGCUUUCUAUCUAACUUACGAGAUCAUUUAAUCAGACCUUUAGGCUUCCUGAUACACGCCGAAGUUUUGCAGUUACACACAGAAAUGUCUGCCACCAGCUGCAUGCUAUCUGAGGAGCAGUUUCUGUGCUCCAUCUGUCUGGAUGUGUUCACUGAUCCAGUCUCCAUACCAUGUGGACACAACUUCUGCAAGAGCUGCAUCACUCAUCACUGGGAUGUUAAUGAUCAGUGUGAGUGUCCCAUGUGUAAAGAUGUGUUUGAAAAACGUCCUCAGCUUCGAGUCAACACGUUCAUAUCAGAGAUGGCUGCUCAGUUCAGACAGUCGACUGCAAAGAGAAACAGCAGAAUGUCUCUGAAGGAAAACACCAACUCUGGAGAAGUUCUGUGUGACGUCUGCACUGAAACCAAAAUGAAGGCUCUGAAGUCCUGCCUGGUGUGUCUGACCUCCUACUGUGAGACUCACCUGGAGAAUCAUCAGAACAUGACAGGUCCGAUGAAACACGAGCUGGUCGAUCCUAUGGAGAACCUGCAGGACAGAAUGUGUGAAAGUCACGGCAGACCUCUGGAGAUGUUCUGCAAGACGGAUCAGAUGUGUGUGUGUCGAAGAUGCACUGAAUCAAAUCACAAGCUUCACUGUAUUGUUCCCUUGAUGGAGCAAUAUGAAAAGAAGAAGACUGAGCUGACAAAGACGGAGGCUGAAAUUCAGAAAAUGAUGGAGGAGAGGCGUCUAAAGAUUCAGGAGAUGAAGGAUUCAGUGGAGCUCAGCAGGGCAGAUACUGACCGGGAGAAAUCAGACAGCGUGCAGGUCUUCACAGCUCUGAUCCGGUCUGUCGAGGAAGGCCUGGCUCAACUUCUUGACUUACUUGAGGAGAAGCAGAAAACAACAGAGGAGAAGGCUGAAGGCUUCAUCAAAGAGCUGGAAGAUGAAAUCUCUGAGCUGAUGGAGAGAAACACUGAAAUGGAGCAGCUCUUAAGCACUGAAGACCACCUCCAGUUCCUCCAAAACCUCCCAUCCCUGAACCCUGAUCACCCACCCACUAAAGACUGGACGGAGGUCAGAGUUCACUCAUCGUAUGAGGGGAUGGUGAGGAGCGCUGUGGCUCAGCUGGAGGAGAAACUCAGUGAAGAGGUGGAGAAGCAGCUUGAGUCUGAGCUGAUGAGGAUCCAGCAGUAUGCAGUGGACAUCACUCUGGAUCCUGAUACUGCAAAUCCAUUUCUCAUUCUGUCUGAUGACGGGAAACAAGUAUAUUUUGGUAAAACACAGAAUCUCCCAGACAACCCAGAGAGGUUUUCUGAGACGGUUUGUGUUAUGGGUAAGGAGAGUAUUUCUGCAGGAAAGUUUUAUUUUGAGGUUCAGGUUAAAAAUAAAAGUGAAUGGGAUUUAGGAGUGGCCCGAGGAUCAAUUAACAGGAAGGAAUCAAUCAUACCAAGACUAGAGACAGGCCCUUGGGUUCUGAUGUUGAGGAAUGGAGGUGAGUACAAAGCUGUCAGCGUUCUCCUCUCUCUGAAGUCGAAGCCUCAGACGGUGGGCGUGUUUGUGGAUUAUGAGGAGGGUGUGGUCUCUUUCUAUGAUGUAGAUGCAGCAGCUCUCAUCUACUCCUUCACCGGCUGUAACUUCACUGAGAAACUCUUCCCUAUCUGUGGUCCCUGUAAUAAUGUCUCAGGGAACUCUGCCCCUCUGAUCAUCACUACUGUGAGCCAAACACAGUAAAUAAAUCAUUAAAUGAUCUCAGUGUGAGAUAAGCUUUGUGUUGGUGGGGAGGCGUGGAGUCCUUGUACCAGUGAUGACAAUAACUAAAUAGUACCGUUUAGUUUUUUUUUUUUUAACCAGGCUGUAAACAUGUUAAUCUC